AUGGCUCAUACCGAGCUCAUGAACGACUUCAAACACAAAAGCGACCGCGUGAGUGAAGAAUCGCUCUGCCCGAUAGUAAGGAGUGAAGCAAAACGCAAGAACCGAGUUGGGGGCGGCCGGAGAGGGCAAAGUGCAAAUUUGCCAAAACUGACAGUCCACGCGCCGCCGCCGCCGCCGCCGCCGCUCAUCGCCUCGGCUCAGCUUGAUGAACGCAGCUGCCGCUGGCCAAGGAACCCUUCGCCGCCCACCAAGCUCUCAGCCGCACCCGUUCCCAGCCUCCGCCCGCCCUUGCUAGUUCGUUCGUCCACCGACGAAGCUGCUUGCGCGAGGCCCAUUCCGUGCGACGAGGAGGUACCCCGAGUCCCCGACGACCGACAAGACCUGACAUCCGCGAAUCCGACUCCGGCCUGCAGGAGAAGGAUGCCGCGGACUGGAUUUACGGACGACGGGGACGCAUCGAUGUUUUCCUGGCUCAGGGAUUCGGAUGGUAGUAGCAGUGUGGGUACUGAGCUCAAGCCCCUGCGAGGCCGGUGGAGGAUCAGGGCUUAAACAGGGGAGCUGUUUUGGCGCAGCAAAAUAGGUUGCUUGCUUCAAUGGUGGACGAAGAAAAGUGCAAGAACAAAGAGUUGUAUGAUGCGCUCAUAAAUCGAGAAAUUGAGCUGGCUUUCCAAGACUAGGUGAUAGAGGAGUUAGAAAGCAAGAUGUUGAAGCAGAGAAGCAGAAAGAAGCCUUGAUGUGUCAACUGAUAGAAGGCAAGAAGAGCAUUGAUGAUGUUAAAGUGAUUGCAGUGGCAUGCUUCAGUGUUGCCCUAACUCUAGGUGAUGUGUUGUUUUGCCUCUUUGAGAAGAUGUAGCUGAGUGGUUCCUGUCCCUAUCAUGUUGUAAUGUGUGGUCC